ACAUGGAAUGAAAUGUUAAUUUAUUAAAAAUGAAGAACUUAAGUCUUUACAAUUACAUGGCUCACGGAUGACUUACAUCCCUCCACUCCAUUUUACGCGUACCUUUUUUUUUUCUGCUACAGUGCUCGGCUUCGUCAACCUCCGGGUGACGCUAUGAGCGUAAAUAAAUAACUAUUGCAAGCCACGAACCCGAUCCUGCGUCGUGUUUUCAGAGUUUAUUAAAACCGUGAGAAACGUAAUAUUGGCAUAUAAAACAUGCCAAAGUCUCGAUUGAGUGCGCCGAGCGGCAGUGACAGGCGUAACAAAAGUUACGACUGGGGAACGCGAGAUUGGCGUCAAAAUCCUGGGAAUCGAAGAGGUUAUGGAGGUUAUGGUCAGUUCCAAGCCGACAAGUACGAGUGUUUUGUACCCGGGCGAAACGACGCCUCGCCACAGAGUACCGGGGACGAUUUUAUCCCCCUCGGAUUCAGCACUCCCGUUGAUUAUCAUCCGAGAAGUAGCGGAAAUUGGCGCGGGCAAAAACGAGGUCGAGACUUCAAUCAGCAUAGAUACAGUUUCAACCUCGACAGUCCCAGGACAAGUUUUAACGAUUCCAAUUCUCCCAAGUUCUUUCACAAGCAUCAAUUCUCGCCACGAGGGUCUCAUCAGAAAAAUGUGCGUAGGCAAACAGACAUAUCGGCUUACGUCGACGCCAAGUCAAUGCUGGAGGAUCCCUGGGCUGACCUUAUGACAAAAUUGGAAACGUCGCAAUCUUUCUGCGGACGCAACAAUGAUUCUACGAAUCUCGAUGCCAGUGGAAGUUCCUGCGGAAGUAUUUUAAUGGGCAAUCUGACCGUUGAUUCUAACGGCAAGAAUUCCAGCUCUGAAAGUCAAGAGUCACAGAUAGCUGCCCAUGAAAAAUCAGAAACGAAAACAAUGCCAAGUUAGUAAAGUCCUAAAAGAUCGGUUUAAUACCGAUGAAUGUAAAUAUGUAACGAGUAUGUGUAAAUAUUUUAGAAUAUAGAAUUAUUAUUUAAAUUUUUUUUCUUUCGUAAACUUCCAACAAUGACUAACAAUUGCGUGAAAUUUAUACUCACAACGGUUUUUACUCUUCUCUGUAAAGCAGAUUUGUUAGGAUGUCAUAUCAGCAGUGCAACCACUUUCGGUAUGCUGAGAUAAAAGUAGGGAAAUGAUAUUACGAUAACAGAAAAACAUUAUAUUAUAUCUCACUAUUCCUGGCUGUGAUGAUAAAUAACUGUUUUUACUGACAUUGAUGUGCAAUUUUUAUUUCUUUUUUAUUUACGUAUUUUAAUAUUCACAGAGCAGUAAACCUUUUUUCUAAAAGGUUAAAAAUUAGCGCAUUGCAAAACAUAUUCUUUGGAAGAUUAACACGUAAUUUGUUCAUAACUAAACGAAUUUUUUUUUUUACCGUUUCGUAUAAAUGCCGAUUUGAGGUUGUUUGUUAAUCUGCAUAAAAUUGUGACUGUUUUUAUCGCUUUCUACAUGACGUCGUAGUCAAACUUGUCAUUACAACGCGAUGGGAUUCUAAGGUUGCGAUCACAUUGCUUUGAUAUCAGAGGACAGUGUUUCUGAGAUUUUAUACAAUUCGAAUUAGGUCUUAGUGCAAUUUGAGGUUGAAAACGAAAGUUUUAAACUUCCUUAAAUGUAAAUAUUAAUAGUAAUAACAACUGAUCACGCCUUGUUUAGCGUCUUGUAAAAUUUCACCACUUUACAGGAUUGUGAACAUUCUGUAUUACCAUAUUUACUAUUUUUCAUCAAAGCAUGAAGUUUUUUUUUUCAACCCUACGUUCAAGGGGAGCACCCAAUGAAAUUGCCAAGUCUGGGAUUUUUCAAUAGAACUAAAUACGCGUCAGUCUAUUUAUUUUCGAGCCUUAAACCACCAACAACAAUUUCAAAACCGAAAUUUUUUUUUUUCGUAAUGUGUGGUUUCAUCGUGAUAGGUUUCAGACUACUCGCUUUUGUUUCUUUUGAGCAAGAUUUCGGGUUGUCACGUCGAUUUUUCUGAAAAUUCCUAGCCUCCAAACAAAGAUUGCCUAGGAUCGCUUCAAUUUUUUGCGACCCCGAAUCUGAAAGAAAAAAUGAAAACCUAUAUUUUGCCCUUUCGCUUGCAAUGUUAGUGUUAUUCCCGUCGAACCAAGUACACGAAACUUCUUCCGAUUUUUCGUCGUGUUCUCAGGAUCUAUUCGAAGAAUGCCCAGUAUUGGUAAAUGUUUUCCGCAUCCUAUUUCUCGAGAAAAAAAAAAAAAAAAAAAAACGGUACAAAUAAUUGCAUUUUAUCAUUCUCAAAAAAUGUUUGUGACGAGAAUUCAUU